AUGCCUCAUAUGGGACAAAUAGUCUGCUUUCUUAUCGACAGACUAACAAUUAUCUAUCUGUUGGAUUUGAUUUCUUCCUACCUGUUUAGUAAAACAUUGAUUACUUCGAUUCAACUGGUUUUAAAUUUACCGAAAUGGUCCAUCUUCAGUUAUUUAUUUAAAAAAUGGUUAAUAUUCCGUUGUCUGUUAUUCGGUUGGAGAAGAUAUAAAGUUUAUAAACGACUAAAGAAGAAAAAGGAUGACAUACUUGAUAAGCAUGGUCGAUUGUAUAACAAAUUUCAAGGUCUUCAUAAUAAUCCAGACAGUCAUGCUGAAAUACAAGAUCUUAACAAUAACAAAAAUAACAAUAAUAGUGAAAUGACUGCACUAACAAUAAGUCAAUUACGUGAGAAGUUAGAUAAUAAAAGUCUUCAAUCAAUCGAUUUAUUAGAUGCAUAUCAAGUUCGUGCAUUGGAGCUAGUUCGCUCAAAAUUAAAUUGUAUUACUGAAAUUGUAUAUGAAGCUGAUGUUUAUGCUAUAUUAGCUGAUUCUAUGCGUGAUUCAGAGGAUGGACAAAUUAGUUUAAUCCACGGAAUACCUAUUGCACUUGAAGAAAUAUUUCCUAUCCAUGGUUAUGAUCACACAAUGGGUUAUACAAUAUGUACAAAUCGUGCUGCUGAAGAUGACUGCGCUCUUGUGAAAGCAUUACGCGAUUGUGGUGCUAUUCCAGUGAUCCUGACAAAUGUAAAACAAAAGCUUUUGAGUCUGUCAGCAGAUAAUCCAAUAACUGGACUAACAAGUCAUCCUACACAUCCUGGUAGAGCAUGUGUCAGUGGUACAGCACCUUUACUAGCUCACAACGGCUGUCCAAUAGCUGUUGGUUUCGAUAUACUUGGUGAAGCUCGUCUAUCUGCUUCAUUUUGCGGGAAGGCAGCGUUUAAACCGACUUCAGGUAGAAUGAGUCUGAAGGACUUGCAGCUGCCUAUUGGAUUACCUGAUUGUUUGCCACCAGUUCCAUCUCCUAUAGGUCAUAAAAUUGAAGAUUUAGUGGACAUUUUACGAAGUCUUUGGUCUAAAAACAUAUUUUCUCAUGACUUUACACUACCUCCGAUGUCUUUCAACAAUGAGAAAUAUCUAUCAAUUUCAAAAUCAGAAAGAAAAUUGAAAAUAGGCUUUUAUACAGAUUUUGAUAAUCUAGUCAAUUCUUCUUCAUCUGUCCAACGUGUUAUGCUAAAACUUCGUGAUGAGCUUGAAAGAAAAGGACAUGAAGUGGUUGAUUUUAAAUUACCAACACCACACAAGGCAUACCAGUUAACCAUAAGUUUACUGACCAGGUUUGUGGAACCGGAAUUAUUGAAACUGUUAUAUAUUCGUGGUAAUGGUGAUAUUUUAGUAGACUAUAAGCAGCGUCUUUUGCAUUUAUUCUAUGCAUUGCCAAGGUUUCUUAGAUACAGAAUUUCUGAAUGGCGUGCAAAUAGUGUUGAAAAUGACUAUCCAGCUACAGCAGCAGUCCUACGUGGUUUAGGCUGCAAUCGAAGAUAUAAUUCACUGAUCACAGAAAUUAACGAUUACAAGCAACAGGUAUUCUCUCAAUGGAAUGAAGCAGAACUUGAUGUAUUAGUGUGUCCAACCUCUCCGAUACCUGCACCAUGGAAUGAUAGUCCAUCGUAUGUAACAAACUGUGUUCUACCAUUCACAUGUUUAUAUAACUUACUUGAUUUUCCAGCUGGUACUGUGUAUGCAGGACGUGUUGAAAAGUGUGAUUUACGAGCAUGUGAUGAUAAUCUAAAUGGUAGUUUCAAAAUCUCUCCAACAAAUAUAAUGUUUUCUGAACAGCAUAAACGAUCUGAAGGUUUGCCUAUUGGUGUACAAGUUGUUGCAAAGCCCUGGGAUGAUGAGACAGCUCUUGGACUACUUGUCAAUCUACAAUCUUUAUUUAAUCAGUAA